AUGUCUUUUAUUUUCAGAAGGAGCUUAUCUACUUUGAUCCCACCAAAGAUUGCCUCUCCAGCAAAUAUUGGCUCCAACCCUACAGCCAAGAGAAUGCAAAACAUUGUUGCUUUCUACUCUAAGCUUCCAAGAGGUCAUACUGCCGCUGCUGCUCCAAAAACACCCUUUGGUUCUUACAGAGAGAAGUACAGAACUUCUGGUGCCCCAAUUAUGCAUAUGGUUUUGUUCUUAACAGUUUUCGGCUACAGUAUGGAUUAUUACUUUGAACUAUCCCACGAAAAGGACAAUUAA